CGGUGCGGCGGGGCCGGGGCCGGGGCCGGGGCCGGGGGUACCGGUACCGCCGGGUGCCGGCGGUCGCACCGGGCGCGAUGCGGCUGCUGCGGUGCCUCGGGCGGCGCGCGGCGCUCUCCGGCGUCCCCACCUACAUCGAGCACUUCAGCAAGUUCUCGCCAUCGCCGCUCUCCAUGAAGCAGUUCCUGGAUUUCGGCUCCAGCAAUGCCUGUGAGAAGACCUCCUUCGCCUUCCUGCGGCAGGAGCUGCCCGUCCGCCUCUCCAACAUCAUGAAGGAGAUCAACCUGCUGCCGGACCGCGUCCUGCGCACCCCCUCGGUGCAGCUGGUGCAGAGCUGGUACGUCCAGAGCCUGCUGGACAUCAUGGAGUUCCUGGACAGGGACCCCGAGGACCAGGCCACCCUGGGGCAGUUCACAGAUGCCCUGGUCACCAUCCGCAACCGGCACAACGACGUGGUGCCCACCAUGGCGCAGGGGGUCAUCGAGUACAAGGAGGCCUAUGGGGACGACCCCGUCUCCAACCAGAACAUCCAGUACUUCCUUGACCGCUUCUACCUGAGCCGCAUCUCCAUCCGCAUGCUCAUCAACCAGCACACAUUGCUCUUCGAUGGUAGCACCAACCCCGCGCACCCCAAGCACAUUGGGAGCAUCGACCCCCAUUGCAACGUGGUCAAUGUGGUGAGAGAUGCUUACAACAUGGCCAAGCUCCUGUGUGACAAGUACUACAUGUCCUCACCCGACCUGGAGAUUGAGGAAGUGAACGCCAGCAACACCCAGCAGCCCAUCAGCAUCGUCUACGUCCCUUCGCACCUCUACCACAUGCUCUUUGAGCUCUUCAAGAAUGCCAUGAGAGCCACGGUGGAGAGCCACGAGAGCAGCCCGCGGCUGCCGGCCAUCAAGGUGAUGGUGGCCCUGGGUCAGGAGGACCUCUCCAUCAAGAUGAGCGACCGGGGCUUGGGCGUCCCGCUGCGGAAGAUCGAGCGGCUCUUCAGCUACAUGUACUCCACUGCUCCCACCCCGCAGCUGGGCACCGGGGCACCCACCGAGGGAACCCCCCUGGCUGGAUUUGGCUAUGGCUUGCCCAUCUCCCGCCUCUACGCCAAGUACUUCCAGGGGGACCUGCAGCUCUUCUCCAUGGAGGGCUUCGGCACCGACGCCGUCAUCUACCUAAAGGCCCUGUCCACAGACUCGGUGGAGCGGUUGCCGGUCUAUAACAAGUCGGCGUGGCGGCACUACCAGCCCAGCCAGGAGGCAGGGGACUGGUCCGUGCCCAGCACCGAACCCAAGAACACCUCCACCUACCGCGUGCCCUAGGACCCCCUGCAGGCUCGCUGCCCCCCCCAGGCUGUAGAUAGCCCCUCACCCAACUGCCGGGGACCCCCAUAGCCCUGGGGUGGUGUUGUAGCAUCCCAGUGCUUCCCCCCCUGCGGUGGUUGGGGCUCACUGGGAAGACUCUGAAAUGUGGGGUGGAGGGGUCCCAGCACCCCCCUCCUGCCUUGGUGACUCUUAGGUACGUAGCUGGGGAUGGUACUGGAGCAGCAUGGAGGGGUUAUAACCCCUGCUGCCCCACACGCACCCCCACACCUUGGCACCCACCCCAGGGCCAACAGGGGGCUGGUCCUUUCCCAGUAUGACCAGUACUACUUCCCUGCCCGUCCAACCCUGACUGGGGGGGGGGGGAACUGGGCCUGACUUCCCCCCC